AUGCAGGCGCUGCUGCGGCAGGUGCAGGUUCGGAGAUGCAGCCUGGGGAGUGACAACCCUUCGGCCACUUCACGCAGCCACCAUCCGCUGCAAUUGCGGCUUGGCCGAAUGGAACUGGAUGCGCAGGCAUUGGAAAAGGGUGCGGCCAACGCGGAAGUCCUCGAGCACCUCCACGCUGAAGAGCAGCGUCUGAGUGACGAAACGAGGAGCAAGCGCAACAGCGAGCAGGCUGCAUUCGAGGAGGUGGAAAAACAACGCUCCGAGAUGUUGUCUCUGAAGGCAGAAUGCUCGGCAGCAUCGGUUUCGGAGGAGCAUCCCUCCAAUGAGGUGGUCGAGCAUGAGCUCCGCAACUCUCUUCCUCCCGGACAUCCGGCUCUGCGGCUGAAGCGCUUUGAUGACCUUCUCGCAGCAUUGGAACUUGAGAAGGAAGAGAUUCUGGAAGAGCUUCGUGAAGAUGCAGGGCUAUGGCAGGCUCAGCGGCAAGUGGAAGAGCUAUCUGGCCAGCUUCGCUUGCUGGAGGAGGCCACCCGGCGCCGGGGUCAGCAGAGCCAAGCGGUCCAGCGCCGGAUCCAGCAAGCAGGACCCGCAGUGGCGGAAGUCGAUGACUUGCAUGCCCAGGCAGCGGCCCUAGAAAAGGAGAACGAGAUCCUGAGCCGACAACAGGUGGAGUGGCAUCGCUCGCAGAACUUGAUGCUCCGCCUUGCAGAGGAGAAAAAGGUUCCAGCGGGUCGCGGUCGCCCUGCAGAGCCAGAGCCAGGACACGGCCAGCCGCCACGCAGCGAGCGCGGCGAGCACAGCCGGGCGGAUCUGGAGCAGGUGCUCUCGGCCAACGAAAGCUUUCGUCAGAGGGUCCGGCAACUGCAAGAGGAGAAGGCCGAGCUCGUUCGCAGUCAGAAGGGGCUGGAAAGCUUCAUCCGAUCGCGAAUGACAGCGAUUGAGACCAAGCUUGCCGAUAACUUCGUAAGUUCGUACCCGCCAUCUCCGUAG